CCCUCAGUCUCAGGGGAGCCUAGCAGUUGUCAAGCCCCCACCAUCCUUGAUGAAUUGAGACAGUGGGAUACCAAGUGGAACAUUGAUUAGAUCUCACCUAAAAGAAGUCCGUACAGGAAACCACUAGGUACUGUGUCCCAUCCAGUGGUUUCUCUCCAUGUUGGCUUGAGAACGGAACCUUCCUGGGCUUGAAAAGGGCUCCCGCUCUGGCUGCUGACUUGGUUACAAGUGAGGUCCCCGCCCCUCCAGCCGGUUCUCGGCGGCCUGGCCUCCCCACACUUGACCCUGUCGCACCCCCACCCACCCGAGGCCGCGCUGCGUGGGUUCAAAGAGCCGGGUCGUUGGGGCUUUUUUGGUCUGACCUUUAACCCGAGGCGUGGGGGUUGGGGCCGGGGGGGCACUGGCGAUCGCUCGGGUCGCGCGGCGACCGUUGGCGGGGUCGGCGGUGUGGUCGCGCUGCUCGGUGAGGACGCGCGGUCAUCGAGGGCCGGCCGGGCGCAGGGUGGGGUCGGGUCAGCGGCUUGAGGGUGGGCGGGCGUGGGAGCCGAGGGAAGAGGGCCCGGUGGCCCGGGCGCUCCGGUGAGAUCCUGGUUCCUCCCCCCGGAAAACCGCGGGUCUCACCCAACACCCCACCGCCGGGGAGGAAAGCGGCUGGAGUGUGGGUCCCCCUGCUCCCUGGCCCGUGGUGUGGAUCAAGCGCAAGGAAAUCGUGGCAAAUGCCCCAUUCGGGAGUGGUUUGCAACCUCAUCUGUCACAUUAUUCUCGCGUUGCUCUCCAUUUCCAGUGUAUUAAAUAAUAAAGACAUGUCUGAAAAACUGAGAAGAUGCAGAAAGGAGCUGACUGCAGCCAUUGACCGAGCCUUUGAAGGAGUCAGUCAUUCCCAGGAGUGCUCAGGCCGUCAGAGGCUGGAGCUGGACACAGCGCCGCUUUCCUCCCCACUCCCUGCGCACCGGCUCCUCUGCAGGAGGCACCCGCUGGCAGCCUGCUCCUCUGCGGCUCCCUCCUCUCCUUUUCCCUGUGCUCCCGAGAAUGGGAGCCCUACCUUUGCGCCAAACCAUGGUCCCGUGAAUGCCAAGCCACACACUUUUUGCCCCCAGAGAAAACCUCUGACCAGCAAGGAAAACAUCCUGAUGCAUUCCUCCAUUUUGGCACCUGAAAGGCAGUUUUGGAGAGCGGCAGGAGAUGGGGAGAACUGGAAAAAAGACAGUCUAAGGAAAGAUACGGAGAAAGAUUUGAAGGUUGAUUCAAACCUGCCACUGAGCAGUUCUAGCCAUGAGGUCACAAAGGAUCUGCUUGAUAUGAUCGACCAUACAAGCAUUCGAACUAUUGAGGAAUUGGCUGGAAAACUAGAAUUUGAAAACGAGUUGAACCGCGUGUGUAGUUGCUGUGAUGAUUCACCCUUCAAGGAGGAAGCCUGGGCCCUACUGGUGGAUGAGAGCCCUCAGGAGGCCUCGGAUGCCGACCCUGGCAGCCUCAAGCAGGCUUUCGAUGAUCACAACAUCGUGGAGACUGUUCUGGACUUGGAAGAGGACUACAAUUUGAUGACCUCUUUUAAAUACCAAAUUGAGUAAGGACGGUUGACUUCAGCUUUGAUUUUUUUACAGCAGGAGACUGAGGAUGGGGCACCUGUGCAGAGCAGUCAGUCGUCGUUGGGGGCCACAUUCUUCAAAGAGUUGGCAGAAUCUGAAUUACCCCCAAUGUUUUUAACUUCUAGUUGUGUCUCUUUUUGAGCUGAGAGCCCAGGUUUUUUGUUGUUUUCUUUUUUAAUUCUUUUGCUUUGAAAAUGUUUCUUAUUGUUGUUGGGUUGUUUUUUUUUUUCUCUCACUUUUCUUGACAUCUUGAAUGUUUCUUUUCUUCCUUCCUCCCAUCCUUCCUUCCUUCCUUACUCCCUCCCUUUCUUUCUUUCUCUUUUUUUUUUUUUUUUUUUGAUUGAUGUUCAAUAUACCCAGUACCCAAGGCAGGUACGGGUCAUGGGCCUCCGCUGGUCUCUUG